AAUAUUCUAUUUAAAUAAGAGUAUUUUAAUGAAUCGAAUAGUAUUUUUAUAUCUUCUUAUAUUCAGUUUGCUUCUACUGCAUCUGGUUAACGGGCAGGUGGAGAACUGUGGAGCAAGAGAUUUGAGCCUUCUUGAGCCAGGAAGAACAUGCAAGAAAGCUUGCAUUGCACAUGCAAAUUGCACAGGGCCCAGUAAAGAUUGUUGGUGUGAUGGAUCAUGUGGAUUGUCUUGCUUUAAUAAAGCCGCAACUUGUGACCUGCCACCUGAGAUACCUAAUGUAAACCGCAGAGUAGAAGGGACAGCUUAUAAUGAAUUCAUAACGUUAACUUGUGCUGACGGCUAUGUUAAAUUGAAUGGAUCUGACAGUCGUUCUUGCCGCUCAGAUAGGAAAUGGUCGGGCACUCAACUACAUUGCCAACGUGCUUGUCCUCCUGGCCCAAAUACACGGAAUGCUACUCCCACAACUUUUGAAACUGGAUAUUUAGUUGGACAUCAACUGCCUUAUGCUUGCAGUAUAGGUUAUACACCAGUUGAUCCAGGAGUAAUUCUCCAACUAACAUGUCUGGCUAAUUUCUCUUGGUCUCAACCACAGUUUCAAUGUUUAAUUGGUAGAUGUUCCGAACUACAGAAUAGCACCUCAACACAGAUUACUUUACCCUCAAGGGAAUACGGUGUUCGUGCAAGAUAUAUUUGUAACACAGGUUAUCAGCCACAAAACACUGUUCGUACGAGGUUAUGCGAUCAAAAUGCAGCUGGACAAUUUGUUUGGGACGCUGAACCACAAUGCACAAUCGUUACAUGCAAUACACCUACGGCGCCGACAAAUGGGAGGGUGGACAAAAGGAGUGCUCAGCCGUACAACACUGUUGCUACAUAUACAUGUAAUGCUGGAUAUAAACUUGCUGACGUUACGUCAAGUACUCGGACAUGUGGUGCAGAUGGGCAGUGGGGAGAGACACCAGUAUGCAUUGUAAGUCAAGAUUGUGAGUUUGAAAUACCAGCAAGAAGAACAUGCAGUUACACCAAUGUUGGCUGGGUACGGGAGGGUAGUGGUAGUGGGACCUAUAAUGGAAUACCAGGAAGUUUCAUGAAAGCUACUGGAACCGCCACUCUUAGCUCAGCUCCAAUAUCUAGCAGUGUUUGCCUUAACUUCCAUUAUAGGGUUGUCUCACAAGCAGCUGGGACAACAUUUUCAGUGACGUCUAGUACUGGAGCAUCAUUAUGGGAUGCUAUCUUGAGUAACUCUGCAUGGACAAGCAUUAGAGUUCGUGUGAAUAUUGCUGCUGUUCGAUUCAUAUUUAAAGUGCAAUCAUUAGCUGGUGUUAAUAUUCAGCUCGAUGGAGUGAAACUGCUGCCCUUGGAUUCGUGCCCUGGUGUUGCAACAACAACAGCAACAACUGAAUCUCCAACAACUCAAGCCACAACAACAACAAGUUCAAGAACACCACUGGCCACAACAACAACAGCACCAGCAAUAGUAACCACUCCUAAACCAGGCCCAACCACUACUGAAGUAGUAACAACUACUACUAAAGUAAUGGUAGUGAGUAACAUUAAUCCACGAUUACCAAAUAAUGGUUCACAACAACAAACCACCCUUAAACCAGUGGUUACCACUCACCAAACUCACACUGACCAUUUAAAAUGGUUCCUCAUUUCGUUGGGAAGUGGGUUUGUGGUUCCCAUCGUUGGGUUUCUGUUGCUUCUGCUCGUACUUUACUGCACACCUGGAAAGGAAAGUUCAAACAAAGAUGUUUUGUUCAAUGAAGAAUUAAAGACCUUUAAUAUUAAUGUUGAUACUCCCACGAUGGUUGGGGCGAAUGAUGUCAUAAAAGAUGAUGAUGUCACGAACAAUGAUGAUGUGACUUCUCCACCUAGUGUCUCAAUUGCCUGAGAUAAAACCUUUUUAAAUUUUCGUUCGAAUUUUUCUUAAUUUUUUAUUCCAAUUUUAUUUUUGCAAAGUUUUAUUACUGCUGCUCUGUGUGCAUGAGCUUAAUUUACUAAUUUGCUGCAAUGUUAUUUCUUUUAUUCAUGCGAUAUCAUAG